UUUUGAUAGCACGAUGUUAAAUAGUGUAACCGAGAUUAAAGCUUGAGAAUAUUUUGCUCCAGACUAAAUGGGAGGAUACAUACGAUUGUGUGGAUUUUUACAAACAACUCGCAUUUGAUCAUCCAGCGUUGAAGAAUCACAAUUAUCAUCCCGAGGCAUGUAUUUACACUUUAUUUUUGUGUAUUUAACUUUAUAUGGAUGUAAUGUUGUUAAUAGAGUUUUGAAUUGACAGAUGAAACCCACUUUAUCAACGAUAAAGCAAAUUCCAAGUGCCCCAACUGUUGAUAUAUCUUCAAGGAUAUUGUUAGAGAAUGGAGGUUGUCCUUCUGGAACCGUUCCCAUCAAAAGAGUUACAAAAGAUGAUCUUAUUAGACAACAACAUUUGCCACAACCAGAAGAUACAAAUUUUGAGACAACAGGAGGAUACAGGCGUGCAAUUGUUCAUACUCCAAGUGAUACAAAUAACAAGUUUGUGGGAGCUGCAAUGGUAGCUAGUAUAUGGAAUCCUUAUGUUGAAGGUCAACAAAGUAGUGCGUGUCGAUUGAAGAUUCAAAAAGGACCAGAUAGUAUGCAAGUUGGUUGGCGAGUGGAUCCAACAUUAUAUGGGAAUAAUCAUACUAAGUUUUUUAUACAUUUCCAAGUAAGUUUUCUUGAGUACUUCAUUGAUUGAUUUCUACCCUUGUGUUAAUGAAACUAGUAUCUUCAACUUAGUUGCUCACCUCAACAGAUAAUGGUUCAUGAAUUUUUAAAUAUUUCUUAGGCUGGAAAUACACAUUGCUUCAACACACUAUGUCCUGGUUUUGUAUUAAUAAACAGUAACAUACAUCUUGAUUCUGAAUUCGAACAUAUUUCCCGUCGAGGGGACGAGCAACAGUGGGAGCUUUUUAUGUACAUCAAUCGGGUAAGAUUAUGUAUCUUUUUGUCUAAAGUUUUUCAGUAAUUGCUUAAAUUAGAUUUAUGUAUCUUUUUGUCUAAAGUUUUUCAGUAAUUGCUUAAAUUAGAUUUUUGAAUCAUUUUUAAAAUACUAACAUACAUUUUUUUCUGAAACCUAAAGGAUGUUGUAAAUGGAAAUUGGUGGCUUUUGGUUGGAGCAAAUCAGACAGCAGUUGGUUUUUGGCCUCGAGGGAUUUUCACCGCAUUAGGAAACGACUUUGCCUCGAAUAUUGAGUGGGGAGGAGUGACAUAUACUCCACGAGGUUCACCUUAUCCUCCAAUGGGCUCUAGCUUUUUUCCUGAACAUCCAGAUCCUACACUUGAUGCUUAUUGUAGGGGACUUGUAGUUUUAGAUAAUAAAGGAGAGACAAUAAAUGCAAAUAACACACCUAUAUUUCUUGAUAGUCCAAUAUU